GAGAACAACAGGUCCAAACCCCGUCAGUGCACAGCUCUGCAAAGCUUGUGAUUGUUGAUAACAAGUGCCUCAAUUACUGACUUUAUAAUAAAAUCCUUUCUUCUUAAACUGGAGCGAUGAUAUUUCGGACAGCUGUAGAGCAUGCUAAAAGGCACCCCGGCCUCAUCCCUCAGUUCUUCUUCAUCUGUUUGGGACUCGGCGGUGCGGCUGUGUAUCUGUUCCGCUUGGCCAAAGGACCCUAUGUUGUCUGGAACAAGACCAACAACCCUGAGCCUUGGAAUAAACUUGACCCCACAUAUCAGUACAAGUUUGUCGCCAUCAACACAGACUACAAAAACUUGAAGAAGGAGGGACCUAAGUAUUAAAUCAGAGUUGACACACUUUAAAGGAUCCUAACCCAGGGUGAGAUGCAUCCCCACUCCUCUCCUGAUCCUGGGUCAGGUUCCUUAAACCUAAAGUGUCACUGGUGUUAACAUGGUAACAUUGAUAAUACACGUGUCACAUAAUAAGUCAAUGUAUGACAUAGGACUCUUGUAUGCACAUUCUUCCUCUAUGUCGAAACCUUCCUGGUCUGUUUUGCUCAUAAAUCAUAAAAGACAUUAAGUAUUUUGUUAACUAUGCAGCAGUGUUUGAGUAUGAAUGCAUUAAGUUAAAUGCUGAAGGCAUCUCUCACACUCUGAUGUGCUUCUUUAAGUUUGUUCUUCAUAUUUUCAGUGUCUGAAGGUUAAAUGCAGCACAGUGUUGUUUUCUUCUGCAGCCGGAAAUUUGGGUCUCAUAUUCUUCAAGUGUGAGGCUUUUAAAUCUAAGAACUUCUCAUUAAUUACACUGGCCCUGCUGCACCUCACUGGAGUUAAUGUGACUUAAUUGCACGUGUUUCUUUUUGGUCUGGCAGCCUCCAGAUCCACGGUGACUGCGUCAGUUAUGAAAAUGGUAGUGAUGCAUAA